AUGGAUAGAAACCGAGAAGCCAGAAGAGUAGCAAGUAUGGUACCCUCUAAUGGUUUAUCUAGACGAAGACAUAGAAGUAACAGUCUAAGAGACUCGCCAGAGGAUGAUGGACCGAUGGAAUUACAAGAACCAUCAAGGUUGAGAGAUAGAGGGUUGAAGAAAGAUCGAGAUCGGGAUCGAGAUCGAGAGAGAGAAAGAGAGCGCGACAGAGACAGGUCAAGUCGGAGUAAACGACGAAGAGCGGAGAGAUUGAUUCACGGUGGUAAUAGAGAAGAUGGAGGAGAAGAUAGUUCAGAAGAAAGUGUGAAUGAUGACGAGGAAGACGAUGAAGAGGACGGUGGAAAUGGAACUGGACCGGUCCGGAUGCUACCACCGAAUCCGAUGUCAACCAACCAUCAUUUACAGCCCCGGAAAAGUUACCCACCGAGCUCUGCGAAAGUUUUUAGGGCUGCGCCGGUGUGGAAAGCCGGCGAUGAAAUGAUCGGCGUGUCGGUACCCAGAAAAGCUCGGACAGCAUCCACGAAAAGGUCACAUGAGUGGAUGAAUGGCGGUGGUGGUGAAAGAGUAGUGGGUGGAGGAGGAGAGCAGAUACAUCGGCAAGCUUCGACUUCACCGGUGAGACAAAGUCUUCCUUCAACCUCGACGCCUUCGCCGGGAGCUCCACUUUCUCCGUCUUCUUCCAAUGCUUCGUUUCGGAAGAAGAUGAAGUUGAAUGGACCCAAACACAGACCGCCAAGAUGUCUUCGAAGUCGUCUUCAUCAAAUCCUGAGGAGCUGGAGAUCGAAAUCGCCGAGGGAGCUCAAUAAAUCCACAAGUGAUUCAAAAUCCAGAGUUUCGUCUCCGAUCUCGAAUUCACCAUCGACAAAUCCUCAGUCAUCGGCGAUUUUGCCACAAAACUCUAGCUCCUCAGCUACUCCCAUAUCAGCAGUUGCGCCGAAGAGGAAGAGACCGAGACAAGUAUCAGAGAAUAUGGGGAGUUUUGGUGUCCGGAGCAGCCCCAUUUCAACGACGAUCACGAAGGUCGAGAUCGAUCAGCUACCAAAGACCGAAAUUUCUUCUCCAAGUAUGGAUAAGAAUCCAGGAUCUGCAGCUGAAAAUGGUGGAGUACCGUACGAUCUGGGUAGUUUGGUCAAUUCACAGCCUUUGACCUCACCAUCGGAGCCUAUACCGGAGAUGAUGAAGCCGGAUUCGGAGUCACAGGCAAAGACGGAAAAAGUAGCCGAAAGUCGAGAUUUGCCUUCGGGCAACGGAGAUGUCACGGCAAAGAAGGAACCUCCUGCGGUCAGAUUAGAAGAUAAUCUUCAGGGUGUGACAGCGACAGCAACCAAAUUGAAUUCAAUGGUUUCUGAGGGGGAGAAGCCCAAGGAGGAAAAAUUCAAGAUAGAUCUGAUGGCUCCACCUCCUCAAUUGAGAUCAUCACCGGAAAGAGAAGGCGAUUUCGGGGUGGCGGCGACAGUGGUGGAGGACCAUAAGCCGAUGAUAUCUAAUCUUGAUUCGGAAAUGAUGAGACCAAAGGAAGAUGAUAAGGAAGCUAUGUAUGUGGCAGCUGAGGAGAGAAAGGUGAAAUCGGCGGUGGAAGAAGUUCAAUUGCAGAAGCCAGUUGAGAACAAAGUGAGAAAUAUUGAUCUUCAGCUUGAUUUGGAAAAACCUGAGAGAGAGAGUGGAAACAACAAAUUUCAACAUCAGGCCCAGAAGCAGCAACAACCACCUCCACCAAAAGCAACCGGAGAAGAAUCACAUUCAGAGAAAACAUCUCAAUCCAGCUCGUUGCCUUUGCCAAUGUCUAUGGCUAGCUGGCCUGGUGGGCUUCCUUCAAUGGGAUACAUGACACCAUUGCAAGGAGUUGUGUCCAUGGAUGGUAACGCCAUGUCGGCACCAAUGCAGCCACAUUUCUCUCAACCACGGCCGAAAAGGUGUGCAACACAUUGUUAUAUUGCUCGGAACAUUUACGUCCUCCAGCAAUUCAUGAAGAUGAACCCUUUCUGGCCAGCUGCAGCAGGGACUGCAUCUUUGUUUGGAGCCAAGCCCAGCAAUCUCAACAUUGUACCACCUGCAGAAUUGAAUGGAAACAUCUCUGGUAGGGGCAUGAACUCUAUGCAGGACAAGGGGCAAGGUCUUGCGAUCUUUCCUGGCCAUACUGGGAAGGACAAAGGUCCUCAAGCUGCCAAUAUUGCUGAUGCUGCACAGAGCAAGCAGCAGCCGAUUUUGCUUCAGCAAGCAAUGCCCCCAGUAGCCCCUAGUAAUAUUCUGCAUGCCCCUGCUUUCAUCUUCCCUUUGAGCCAGCAACAGGCGGCAGUGGCAGCUGGUUCUGUUCGACCUGCAUCUACAAAGUCUCCUACAACCACAAGAGGGUUAGCUUCAUCCAAUGCUUCUAGUUCUGCUAAUGUGAGUAACUCUGCAACAACAGCCGGAGCAGCCACUGCGAUGAGCUUCAAUUACCCAAAUAUGCCUACGAAUGAAACCCAGUACUUGGCAAUCUUACAGAACAAUGCAUACCCUUUUCCAAUACCAGCUGUUGGAGCACCGCCAAAUUAUAGAGGAACUCAUGCUCAGGCUAUGCCGCUGUUCAAUGGGUCAUUCUAUUCUUCUCAGAUGAUCCAUCCAUCACAUCUUCAGCAGCAGCAGCAAGCACCACUUUCUCAGUCACACCAAAUGCAACAAGCCAACCAGAAUACGAGCUUCUCUAGUGGUUCUUCAUCUUCCCAGAAGCAUUUGCAGAGCCAGCAGCAGAGGCCACAAGGAGGUGCUGCCAACGGUGGGAAUGGAGGAGGAAAUUUACAUCACAUUCCUGCCACAAAAAAUCGCCCAUCACAGCAACAGCAUCAGCAUCAGCAUCAGCAUCAGAAUCAGCAUGUCUCCUUGGCACAACAACAAUCACGUCAGCUGGAAGGUGAGGUGGGGGCAGAAGAUAGCCCCUCAACAGCUGAUAGUCGAAUAUCUCGUGCCACAAUGAGUGUCUACGGUCAGAAUUUUGCUAUGCCAAUUCAUCCACACAACUUUGCUUUGAUGACCCCUCCUGCUGCAUUGGCUGGUGCCACCACUGCCAGUGGUGGCGGCAACGUAAAUGACAAAAAGCCGCAGCAACCUCAACAGCAGGGCUUGAAAGGUGGAAUUGAAUCUUUGCCACCUCAAACGUUUGCAAUGUCAUUUGCUUCCAUAAAUGGUGCUACUAGUGCUCCUGGUAUUGACAUUUCAUCCAUGGCACAUAAUCAUGCAAUUCUUCAGAGCUUCCCAGAAGCUACAAGGCAGAGCUUUCAAAUUAUGGCAGCUGCAGCUCAAGUGGCACAACAAAAGAAGAAUUUCAGAGUCUCCGAAGAUGGUAAAACUGGAGGUAGCGAUUCUUCUAAUGCUGACGAAGAAAGAAAGGCCUUAGAAGGCAAGGCUCCGACAACUGUUGGGCCGUCCAUUGCUUUUUCAAGGGACUUGACCGAUUCCUCCGGUUCUGCCAUGCCAGGCAACAUUGUGAAUCUUUCUUCUGGUCCUGCUCGGACCUCUCGUUCUCCCAUGCCUAGUGCUGUUGGCACUUUGAAUGCUUCAAGUUCUCAGCUGCAAGCUCAACUGCACCAUCAGCAACAGCAGAUGAUUCAGCUUCAUAAGCAGCAACAGCAGCAGCAGCAGCAGCAGUUUGCAGCCGCUGUGGCAGCUCGGAGUAAGACCCCAGCAACAAGUAAUGGGAGUGUUUACUCAGAGCAUUUGACUUCAUCAGUUUCUGUGCCUGCUAAGUUUCCAAAUGCUCACACUGCUUUUCCACAAAACCUUGUUCAAAGCAGCAAUAGCGGCAGCCCUGCUCAAUCUCCCCAAUGGAAAAAUAAUACAAGAGCAACCACCUCACAAGCUCCGUCAUCGCUGGCCCCCUCAACCCCAUCAAUACUAAAAAACCUCCCUCAGCAGCAAACUAGAGCACAGCAAAGCCAUACGCAGAUAUCAUUCAGCGCGAAUCAAAAAUCAUCGACAACACUGCAUGGGCAACAGCAACAGCCUCCAAGUAACAACCAGUCUACUUCUCCUCCAAUGGUGAUUGGCUCCCCGACAAUUUCAAUCUCCAAGGGUGCUACUGCUAGCGGAAGCCCAAGGACAUCUUCCACUCCCGCUAGUAACAAAGUUGGCCAAGCCUCUGCUUUGCCACCACAGCAGGCGAAGAAUUCACCCUCAGCUUCUAGCCAGAAGUCAUCUCCGGUUGGUGGGAGGAAUGUUCCAUCAAUUCUUGGCAGUCCUCAUGUCAACUCUUCAAACUCUGGAGCUAAGCCCCAAAUGCAGCAACAACAGUUACCAAAAAACAUGCAGCAAGCGCAAAUAUUCUUCUCAACUACUUGCGUGCAAGCCCAAUCUCCACAUUCAACUAGUACUAGUUCUACCGCAUCAGGUGGUGGUUACUAUCUUCAAAGAAGGCAUUCUGAACAACAUAAGCAGCCUCAACAGCCACCGGGCUCAUCAUCUACAUCAUCAAGUGGGAUGUUAUCGCUGUGCUCUCCCGUUUCGCUAACCAGUGCCACCACUACUGAUCCUGCAAAAGCAAUUGCGGCUGCUGCAGCUGCUAGUAAUAUGAAAGGUGGUAGCUUACCAUCACAGGGCAUUCUCCAUGCAGCCCAGUUUGCUGCACAGUCCUCGGGAAAUCCCCAUCCAGUCAUGCCUUCCAGCUUCUCUUAUGUUCACUCAGGGCCUGCUGCAGUUCAGGUGAAACCGGCUGAGCAGAAACAACCUGCUGGCAAUGACAAUUUGCAUGCAUGCUGGCAGCCUGAGAAGAAAUGA